UGAAAAUGGCACCAUCUGGUACCUUUAUGCAGAUACGCGACCUUUACUUACAGAAGAGACAAAUAGGCCAACACCUUAAACGUGAAGUGUUUAACUUUGCGUGUGAACUUGCAGAGUGCCGCGCCGGAGAAACCUUCAUAGUUAUUGUCGAUGGCAUUGAGUGGGUUGCUACAGUUCCAAGGCGCAGCAAGCCAGACGAUCUCGUAUCAAUGAGAUUCUCGGCUGGCAAUCAGGUGGAGAAGACGCUAGUCGGAAUGCUUGGUAGUGGCGCCAGGGAGGAGAGCCUUAAGAGGUACAUCCGUGAAGGAUUGGCGAUGAAGACAAACGAAUACAAAGAGCGGCUCAGGGGCAUGAGCCAUGAUGCCGCUCUGGCGUUUGUCAUGGACCACAUAAGACACACCACACCAGCCCAAGGACAGAUUGGUCGCGAGGACAACAUGACGUACCAUUGGCCCAUGCGGCCAUGGACUCGACUGUAUGAUGAGGCAGCCAGCGCGGCUGACAGGACCAUGACAACGGGGAAUGAAGAAGCUUUGAAGGCUGGUGAGGAGGUGGUGACCUCCGGGGGAGCUGAGGGAGGUGAUGCUGCCAUGGUGGACCCGGUGAAGCACGGCGGCACUGGUGAUGCUGGAGAGUAUGGGGUGUCCGAGGAUGGCACAGAGGUCUCUGGUGCUGGCCAGAGCAAUGGGCUGGCCCCUUCAGAAGCAGGCGAACAGUCAGAGGAGCUGGUUCAUCGAGGCUUUGGUGUGUGCAACGAGACCAGGAAGAGAAAGCGGGCCCCAAACAUGACCCGGCUGGUGGCGGACGAUGAGGAGCAGCAACGGGAGAUAGACAGGGGACACAAUGAUACAGAUGAUGCCGCUCCACGGUAUCCACGCAUGGCAGGACAGCAGGAGGAGGACGCCCGUGGCGGACGAGCUGCCAUGCCCAGCCCACGGUUUCCGUGCACGGUAAGACAGCAGGAGGAGGACGCCCGUGGCGGUGAGGCGGCUGCUGUGCCAUCCCCGUCGGCUGCAGGACGAGCUGCCAUGCCCAGCCCACGGUUUCCGUGCACGGAGGGGGGCGCAUCUGCUACUGUGCAGCUGCCACCGCCGGCGCCUGAGGAUGCCCGUGGCGGUGAGGCGGCUGCUCAAGCAGCAGACGAGAGGAGGAGACUGCUGCCCAAUGAUGAAGCACACCUUGAGCGAGAGAUCCGCCGCAUGGCUGGUGCGGUGGUGUCCUAUUGGGAGUCUCGCCAUCGGCGAAGGCCCACCAGGAACCGGGCCAUCCAGUCAUCAUCAGACUCGGACGUGGAAUCUGAGCCGGAACCAGAGGACAGCCAUGUACUGGAAACAGACCUUUUCACGCACACGAUAGACAUGGUCCCGGUGAUGCUUGACAAGGAGGGGUUUGCGGUAGUAGAUGAUCCCCACCUCGCCUCUCUGAUCACUCCUGAUGUUCCCACAAGCGCCACUGAGCUCGUGUCAGGCGAUAAGGCAGCAGCAAUAUUUCAGCGUGGAGACCUUCCCUCGCGGCAGGGAGGGCUACCACGGCUUACCCAUGAGGGCAGGCUCCGACUCAGCAAUGGAACCGGGAGGCGUAUGAUGGUCAAGCUGGACAAGGUGCAGCCGGGGCCUAGCCUGUCGAACAUAGCAUCCUACGUGGAGGGUGUUAUCCAAGACAUAGUGGAGCGGAUCCCUGGCUUGCACCUGGUCAAGCCUGGCUCUCGUUACUACCUGGCUGAGGAUGUUGCGCCUUGCCGAGUGCACAUCUUGCCACACCCCAGCUUCAGGGUAUCCUGUCCUCCAGUAUUUGAUCGCGGGCGACUUUCCAUCGAGGUCUCCACCAUUGCGGGGCGGAUCACCGUGGUCCCUGUCGGUGGUGUUUGGGCCGGCCCUUGCCGCCCCCGCGCCUGCGCCGGCGCGGGGGUUACGUGGCGCUACUGGCGUACAGUCGAGUCCCUUUUCUGCAAGGCUGGUUCCGCAGGGUGGCUCGGCGGCGCUGGUGGGUCACUCUCCAUGUCGUCUGGCUCUGCGCGGGGAUGGUGUGGCUUCUUCGUGGUCGUGCUCCACAUGACAGGUGCGAAUUAUGCGCUAAAGUGCGCGUCGAAUUCCGCGGCUAAUUGUACGUUGGAUUGCGCGUCGAAUUGCGGGUUUAGAGCUGUGCGAAUCGCGCUGUAUGAAGCGCGUACGGCAUUCAUUCCGACGCGGAAGCGCGUUUUGAAGCGCGCAUCGAAUUAUGCAACAAAGCGCGCGUUGAAUCCCGCGGCUGAUUGUACGUUGAAUUGCAUGUCUAAUUGCGCGUUUAGAGCUAUGCGAAUCGCGCUGUAUGAAGCGUGUACGGCAUUCAUUCCGACGCGGAAGCGCGUUUUGAAACGCGCAUCAAAUUAUGCGCUAAAGCGCGCGUCGAAUUCCGCGGCUAAUUGUACAUUGAAUUGUGCAUCGAAUUGCGCAUUUCUUCUAGUCAGCGGUCUAGAUUCAUCGUGCUGUAUGAAGCGCGUACGGCAUUCAUAUGAAGCGCGCAUCGAAUUAUGCGCUAAAGUGCGCGUCGAAUUCCGCGGCUAA